UCCAUCCACUACUCAUUUUUAAUUCUGCUCUAAAAUCCCUAAUUUUGCAAAGGAGAAGGAAGAGAGAAAUGGGAUCUCAGGGAGAAGAAGAGAAUAUGGCAGCUUGGCUACUUGGCGUUAACAAUCUCAAGAUUCUUCCUUUUAAGCUCCCUCCUCUCGGCCCUCACGAUGCUAGAAUCAGAAUGAAAGCUGUGGGUAUCUGUGGAAGUGAUGUUCACUAUCUCAAGGAGAUGAAGUUGGCAGAUUUUGUGGUCACGGAGCCAAUGGUGAUCGGGCAUGAGUGUGCCGGUGUGGUUGAGGAAGUAGGAGCUGAAGUGAAGCAUCUAGUGCCUGGUGACCGUGUCGCGAUUGAACCGGGAAUAAGUUGCUGGCGGUGUAAUCUAUGCAAGGACGGAAGAUAUAAUCUGUGCCCUGAGAUGAAAUUCUUUGCUACUCCUCCGGUUCACGGUUCCCUUGCGAAUCAGAUUGUGCAUCCUGCAGAUUUAUGCUUCAAACUCCCUGAAAAUGUGAGCUUGGAAGAGGGUGCGAUGUGUGAGCCCUUGAGUGUUGGUGUUCAUGCUUGUCGCCGUGCCAAUGUUGGUCCAGAGACAAAUGUGUUGGUGAUAGGAGCUGGACCCAUAGGACUUGUAACAUUGCUAGCAGCUCGUGCUUUUGGAUCCCCAAGAAUUGUCAUUGUGGAUGUAGAUGAUCAUCGCCUAUCAGUUGCUAAGCAGCUUGGAGCAGAUGAGACCGUCAAAGCUUCAACUAAUGUAAAUGAUGUAGGUGCAGAAGUUGAACUUAUAAAGGCUGCAAUGGGGGCUAGUGUGGACAUAGCUCUUGACUGUGCUGGUUUUAGUAAGACAAUGUCAACGGCUCUAGGUGCCACUUGUUCGGGCGGAAAGGUUUGCCUAGUAGGGAUGGGGCACACAGAAAUGACCGUCCCCCUUGCGCCAGCUGCAGUCAGGGAGGUCGACGUGGUUGGCAUAUUCCGCUACAAGAACACAUGGCCUUUGUGCAUUGAGUUUCUUCAGAGUGGGAAGAUAGAUGUGAAGCCGUUGAUCACCCAUAGGUUCGGAUUCUCGCAGAAGGAAGUCGAAGAUGCUUUUGAGACGAGUGCGCGUGGUGGAGCUGCUAUCAAGGUCAUGUUCAAUCUCUAGUGCUUAUUCUGUUGAAGGGUGGAAACACAAUUAUGCAAGCAACAAAUUACUGUGGAACUGUUUUAAGGUUUUCCAUUUGUAUAUCUAAAAAGAGUUGGAUGUCAGAUCUGUAUGUGCAACUCUAAUAAUGAAAGCCUUUUUUAUAUACGGAA